CGUGUUCGCAGCUCGCAGUUAGUUCCCUGUCGCAAAUCCCAAGUUUCCAUCCCCUCCCAUCCCAUUCAGCACCGCACGACUUCACCCACCAUGGCAGAGGACAAGACCAUCAAGGGCCUCGGCGCCCCGCCCAAGACGCACGACGGGAGCGCGUUCCGCAUUGCCAUCGUGCACGCCCGCUGGAACGACGAGGUCAUCAAGGCCCUCGUCCACGGCGCCGUGGACAAGCUCAAGUCUCUUGGCGUCAAGGAGGAGAACAUUGUCAUCAAGAGUGUGCCGGGAAGCUACGAGCUUCCGUUUGCGUGCAAGAAACUCAUCGAGGGCGGCAAGGCGCAGGCGACCAAGGCCGAGCCCUCGCUCAUCUCCACGACCAACCUCAUGUCGCUGGUGGACGACGAGCGCGCCGCGACCCCCACGGGCGACAAGAAGGCCGCCGUGGCGACGCGCGAGUUCGACGCCGUCAUCGCGAUCGGCGUACUUAUCAAGGGCUCGACCAUGCACUUUGAGUACAUUUGCGACGCGACGACGCACGGCCUCAUGCGCGUCCAGCUCGACACGGGCACGCCGGUCGUGUUUGGUGUCCUCACCGCGCUUACGGACGACCAGGCGCUCGAGCGUGCGGGUAUUGGACGCAAGGGGACCAAGGGGCACAACCACGGCGAGGACUGGGGCCUUGCCGCCGUCGAGCUCGCCGCCGAGGCCACGCAGUGGGGCCACGGCCACAUUUAAGCACUCUAUAGAACAUGCAGUAUCCCAUGUCGCAUC